GAUGCUUUGCAUGUGGAAUGGAAAAUGGAUUCCGAGUUUAUAAUGCAGAUCCGCUCAAAGAAAAAGAGAAACAAGAAUUUCUAGAAGGUGGUGUUGGCCAUGUCGAAAUGUUGUUUCGUUGCAACUAUUUAGCACUAGUAGGUGGAGGAAAAAAGCCAAAGUACCCACCUAACAAAGUAAUGAUCUGGGAUGACCUGAAGAAGAAGACUGUCAUUGAGAUUGAGUUUUCCACAGAAGUCAAAGCAGUAAAGCUGCGAAGAGAUCGAAUUGUGGUAGUCUUGGACUCGAUGAUAAAAGUUUUCACAUUCACACACAAUCCCCACCAGCUGCAUGUCUUUGAAACCUGCUACAACCCUAAAGGUCUCUGUGUCCUUUGUCCAAAUAGUAAUAAUUCCCUUCUUGCAUUUCCUGGAACACAUACUGGGCAUGUGCAGAUAGUGGAUCUUGCUAACACAGAAAAGCCUCCUGUGGACAUCCCAGCUCACGAAGGAGUCUUGAGCUGUAUAGCAUUAAACCUGCAGGGAACAAGAAUUGCAACAGCAUCAGAAAAAGGGACCCUCAUAAGAAUAUUUGAUACUUCAUCAGGGCAUUUAAUCCAGGAGCUACGAAGAGGAUCACAGGCAGCCAAUAUAUACUGUAUUAACUUCAACCAGGACGCUUCCCUCAUCUGCGUAUCCAGCGACCACGGCACAGUACAUAUUUUUGCUGCAGAAGACCCUAAAAGAAACAAGCAGUCAAGUUUGGCCGCUGCCAUCUUUCUCCCCAAGUACUUCAGUUCCAAAUGGAGUUUUUCCAAAUUUCAGGUUCCCUCAGGCUCUCCAUGCAUUUGUGCCUUUGGAACAGAGCCAAAUGCUGUCAUAGCGAUAUGUGCAGACGGCAGCUACUACAAGUUCUUAUUCAACCAAAAAGGGGAAUGCUCAAGGGAUGUCUACGCUCAGUUUCUAGAAAUGACAGACGACAAGCUUUGAGCUGAGGGAACGUGUGGGUCUAAGUCCUGCCUUGGUUUUUCCACACCUUUGGAAGGAGAGUAUACAGAUGUCCAGUACUGAUCAAGUUUAGCAGACCUCACUGAGAAGCCUGGCCCAAAGUGAUCACAAGCUCUGAAGUAGUGGACUGCGUAUGUUUAUUCUCAUUUCUGCAAGUAUUCAUCAUUAAAAUCCCUUUGGGUUACUGUC